AUGGCUUCGCCUUCAAUUACAAAAAGCACACAUGCCACGCAGCAGCCGCCCAAAGGGGCGCCGAAGGCGUCCUUGUGGGCAGCCGUGGGGUGGGUCCAGGAAGUGCUGGAAGCGCGGAUUUUGGGGCAAGCAACUGAAAUUCUGCGCUUGCUCAAAAAGGUCGAGUGCAUGAAGGUCGACCAAAGUGACGCAGCUACCUCUGGCCUGGCGUUCCUGCUGGCCCAGCAUGAAAUCUGGGUCGACCUGCCCGAGUGGGGCUGCAAGCCUAAAGACUUCUGUGACAAAGUCUGCUCCAUGGCAAAGUGGUUGGCAGAAGUGGAUAGGUCUGAUGAGGUGGCUCUCUGGCACCAACGUGUUGCUUUGCAGCUUGUAGGGAGGGGCUUCCAUGCUCCUUCGCAUCUUGAUGGGCUGCCGGCAGACACGGCAACAAAGUUCUGUAACUUUGAGAAGGGCAAGUGUCUUCUGAGAAACGCUGUCACAGUGGCUGCCUCGCAGGCUGCUGCAAAAAGAGCAAAGCUGGCUCACGUGACGGCCAUCGUGCGCGUUGCUGGUCAGAUUCAUGAUGACGGAUUGACGUGGCAAUUGCUACAGAAUAGAGCCCGGGAGUUAAAGCAUGCGUCCCGGAAAGACAAGCAGUCGCUGGCCUCAGGUUUGAGAGCGUGGCACUCCUUCGCUACCAUGGUCCUGGGAUACCUUGCGGAAGAAUCCAUCCCACCGCACUGCUCGCAGCACGUGCUCAUGUACUUGACGCUCUUCAAUAACGCAGGAACGGCCUCUAACUACUUGGGUUGUCUGGUGUCGGCAUGCAAGUAUUGGGGUCUUUGCCAGGACUGGUACGAUGACGAAGUUCGUAUGGUCAUACAAGGGCUCAAGAACCAUCAAGCGCAAAUGCAGCGGCAGUUGACGUGCAACACGUUGCUGUUAGAUGAGGGCAUCAUGUCCCGGUUGGCGGCGUUGUGCAAGGAGCUCCCAGGCUUCGCAGUGGCGAGUGAGCUCUUCGUGUUGUCGUGGUCAUUUUUGCUGCGCGUUCAAUCUGAAGGCGUUCCACUGGAGGCAGGCGCCGAUGCGGAGCUGCGAAGCUUGCCACCUCACAGGCAUGCGGCAAUCGUGCUGGAUGAAUUGGGAAACCUUCACUUGCGCUUGCGAUGCCGCAAGAAUCGCCCUGGCGGGUCAUUGCUCAUGAGACCUUGCACCUGCAAUGGGCCUGGAGGUUCGUUGUUAUGUGCUCCUCAUCGUGCGCAAGCCAGACUCGAGCAAAUGGUGCCAGGCGAACGACUGUUCCCCGCCUCAGAGAGUCAUUACUUGAGUCUGUUUAGGAAGGCGUUGAAGUUGUUAGGAGUGCCGCAAGCAUCGAAUUUUGGUUUCAAAGCUUUCAGAGCGGGCAGAGCCACGCAGCUUGCCAAAGAAGGCAAGCCUGUCCAUGUGAUCAUGAUGAUGGGCGAGCGGCGAAAUGCUGCCCUUUUGAAUGACGUGUCUCCAGAUACAUUAGAUGCCGGAGUGUUCUGGCAGGAAGUGCAUAGUGACACGACUUAA